ACUGUUCUUACACAAGUAAGGCUCUGCCUUCACAUCACCUACUCAGCAUUAGAGGGAAUAGAACCAGAUUGUCUCCAUGUCUUUCGACCAAGACACCUGCUACCUUUGUAAGGAAUAUCUCAGGGACCCUGUGUCCAUCCCAUGUGGCCAUGUGUUUUGCUCCAUCUGCCUGAAGACAUACUGGGACCAUGCUGAACACACGGGCUCGUUCCUCUGCCCAGAGUGCAGGGUCACCUACAACAAGAGGCCCACUCCGAGGCGCAUGGGAAGCUCCAGGAGCUCCACGCUCCAACGCAACGCCGACUCCUUUCCACCUCCACCUCCGUCCCCUGACUACAACUACGCCGGACCCCAGGACGUAGGCUGUGACAUCUGCAUCGGUAAAAAGCAAAAAGCCAUCAAGACCUGCCUGAUGUGUCUGGCGUCCUACUGCGAGAAGCAUCUCAAGCCUCACUACGAGUCAGCCACUUUUAAGAGGCACAAGCUGGUGGACGAAAUCGGCCACCUGGACAGGCAGAUCUGUCCGCAGCAUCAGAAGGGUCUGGAGCUGUUCUGUCGCACUGACCAGAUGUGUAUCUGUGUGCUGUGUACAGUGAAAGAACACAAAGGGCACGACAUGGUAUCAGCUGAACAGGAGAGAUCUGACGAACAGCAACGGCUGGGUGCCACUCAGGCUGAGAUCCAGGAGAGGAUUCACGAUCGUCUCAAGCAGAUGGAGGAACUAAAACAAGCAGUGGAUGCUCUCAAGACCUCAGCCCAGAGGGCACUUCAGGAAUGUGAAAAGAUGUUUGGCGACAUGAUGCACUCCAUUGAGAGGCUGCAGCAAGAGAUGGCCAAGCUGAUAUCCUCCAACAAGAGGGCAGCACUCAACAACGCCGAAGGCCAUUUGGAGCGUCUGACCAAUGAGAUUGCCGACCUGAAGAAGAGAGACAACGAGAUCACUCAGCUGUCCCGCACCGAGGACCACAUCCACUUCAUCCAGAGUUACCACAUGCUGAUAGCCCAAACAGAGGCCGAGGAGCUGCCGUCAGUGAGCGUCAACCCUUACUUCUCCUUCGGCCCAGUGUCUAAGGCCGUCUCCGAGAUGAAACAGCAUCUGAACGAAUUCAGCAACGAGGAACUGGUUAAGGUAGCCAAGUCAGUUAACAAAAUGACCUUCUGUGAACUGGAUGAUGCUAAAAAGAAACAAUCAAUAAAAAGCGAUGAAGCUCCCAUGUACAAGUCUAUGCCUUUCAAAGAACCGCAGUACAGGGACGACUUCAUGAGAUAUGCUUGCCAGCUCACUCUGGACCCAGACACAGCCUACAGACAGCUCUACUUGUCACGAGGGAACAGAAAAGCUGCCCUCAAGAGAGACCCCCAGGCUUACCCUGACAGCCCUGCCAGAUUUGACUCCCUGCCCCAGGUCUUGUGUAAAGAGCCACUCGCUGAAGGCGCCUACUACUGGGAGGUAGACUGGAGUGGGGAGGGGGCCUCCAUCGGAAUCAGCUACAAAGGCAUCAAGAGAACGGGCUACGGUGACAGCUGCCGCAUCGGCUACAACCGCAAGUCAUGGAGCCUAUUCUGCUCUGAUUCCAGCUACUCAGCCCGCCACAACAAGGACCAAAUAGAGGUCAAUGCACCCUACGCCUCCCGCAUCGGCGUUUACCUGGAUCAUGCUGGGGGUGCGCUCUCGUUCUACGCUGUUGGGGAAACCAUGUCUCUGAUCCACCGCUUUAAGGCCAACUUUAGUGAACCUGUCUAUCCAGGCUUCUGGGUUUGGUAUGAGUCAGCCAUCACCAUCACCCAGCUGUGAUUAAGUAACACAUACCCAAAGAUCAAUGUACAACAGUGAAUAGGCUUUUGGUGUGGAAUGAUAUAAAAUACUGCUAUUCUGAUUAAAAAUAAAAGCUUUUGUUUAGCUUUUCCCUCAAUAUUAAAAGUUAUGUUAUUUUUUUUACACAGUUCAUUAUGUGUUGAUGGGGAAACUAUGCUUGAUGAGCAAAUAUUCUACAAAUCAUCAUGUGUUCAAUGUCAAAUUAAGUGUAGAAAGUCAAUGAGCAGUUACACUAUAAUUCAAAAAUGAUAUAGUACAUGCAUAUUUUACACUACAAUUCAAAACAAUGAACCUAUGUGCUAAGUGAUCACCAUUUAUGAUAUACCUUUUUUUGAUCAAUAAACAUUUGCUAACAAGCAUAAGCUGUGAUAUUUGUUUUGUUUUUUUUUUCUCUCCUUUCUUCUAUGAUGGCAAGUUUCCUAACUCACUCUUCAAGCUAAUCAGCUCUCAGCCUCUAUGGUCUAGUUUCCUGAUCUGUAAGAUCAGAAAGCACUCAAGGGAUUUUUAAAAGUAAGACAUGUCCCCGCAUUACCCUACAAAAUUGCUGUACAAAUGUAUUAUACUGUUACCAUCACUAACAGUAAAAUAAAUGUAAUAAAGUAAAAUGG